UCUGUUCAACUUAGUUGCUUUCAGGACAAGUUUGAGUUGUGUAUUUGAACAUUUUAAUAAUGGAGCGACAGCUAACUUGAAAGCUAGGUUCUACUGCUCGGCAGUCAUCGCGUAGAAUGACGUCCCCGCCGUGCCCUACGGUACCUCUAGCUAAUGGUCUGCAAAUUCCUAUACUCGGAUUAGGUACGUCUCACCAUGGCGGGUAUUCCCAUCAGGCCGUGCGGUACGCCCUGCGGGAGUGUGGCAUCCGGCACAUCGACACGGCGCGGCGGUAUGGCUGCGAGGCCCAGCUGGGCGUCGCCGUGCGAGAGAGCGGCGUUCCGCGGGAGGACCUGUGGAUCACCACCAAACUGUGGCCCGGAGACUAUGGCAACCAGGCCGCCAAACAGGCCUGCUAUGCCUCCUGCGGCCGCCUGGGAGUGCAGUACCUGGACCUGUACCUCAUGCACUGGCCAGACUGCAUGGUCGCCGGACGGUCCAACCGUGAAGUUCGGGCGGAGACAUGGAGGGCCCUGGAGGAGCUGUAUGACGAUGGUGUGUGUCGGGCUAUCGGAGUGAGUAACUUUCUCAUACCUCACCUGGAGGACCUGAAGGAGGACUGUAGCAUUGUCCCCCACGUGAACCAGGUGGAGUUCCACCCGUUCCAGCAGCCCUGGGAGCUGGUGCAGUACUGCCGGGACCAGAGCAUCGUGUUCCAGGGCUACUGCCCUCUGGCGAAGGGCGAGGCCCUCACUCACCCCCAAAUCCUGAGCCUGGCCCACAAGUACGGCCGCACCCCCGCCCAGAUCUGCAUCCGCUGGAGCAUACAGAACGGCAUCGUCACCAUCCCUAAGUCCACCAAGGAGGGCCGGAUCAGGGAGAACAGCCAGGUGAGCAGGAGAGGGCGUGGCCCAGGUGAGCAGGAGAGGGAGUGGCCCAGGUGAGCAGGAGAGGGAGUGGCCCAGGUCUUUGGGUUCUCCCUGCUAGAGGAAGACAUGGAUCGAGCCAGGAGUCUCCACACCAACAGGAAGCUCAUCAAACUCACCUACCCUCUCUGGAAAGGGUAACCACUCACCCACAAACAGCCAAUCACCUGCCAGAGGGGACAACCACUUACCCACAGACAGCCAAUCACCUGCCAGAGGGGACAACCACUCACCCACAAACAGCCAAUCACCUGCCAGAGGGGACAGCCACUCACCCACAAACAGCCAAUCACCUGCCAGAGGGGACAGCCACUCACCUACAAACAGCCAGUCAUCUGCCAGAGGAGACAACCACUUACCCACAGACAGCCAAUCACCUGCCAGAGGGGACAACCACUUACCCACAGACAGCCAAUCACCUUCCAGGACAGCCAACAAACAACUUGAAUGAAAGCAGAGACAAAAUUGCAGCAUCUUCACUCCUGCAGACCUUAAACAGGAUGCUCCAUGACCUACAGCCUGAGUAUAUUAUCUACAGAGACAGCAGUUUUGCUCAUUUGUGUCCUUGGUCACGUGCAGGAUGAAGAAAACUCAGGGUAAAUGACGUGCCUCGGCAGGUUAACCAUUGAAAAACUGGAUUGAACACGACGAUAUGAGCGGAUAUAUAUUUUAAUUUGCUGUCAAACAUGAAUGAAGCCCAAUUGCAAUAUAGGCUGUUUGAGUGAAGAUAUAGGUAUCCGUGACAGGCCUUAAACAGUAUACACCAUGGCCUGCAGCACUAUGACAGACCUUAAACAGUAUACACCAUGGCCUGCAGCACUAUGACAGACCUUAAACAGUAUACACCAUGACCUACAGCACUCUGACAUUAAACAGUAUACACCAUGACCUACAGCACUCUGACAGACAUUAAACAGUAUACACCAUGACCUGCAGCACUCAGACCUACAGACCUUAAACAGUGUACCCCAUGACCUACAGCACUCUGACAGACAUUAAACAGUAUACACCAUGACCUGCAGCACUCUGACAGACAUUAAACAGUAUACACCAUGACCUGCAGCACUCUGACAGAUAUUAAACAGUAUACACCAUGACCUGCAGCACUCUGACAUUAAACAGUAUACACCAUGACCUGCAGCACUCAGACCUACAGACCUUAAACUGUAUACACCAUGACCUACAGCACUCUGACAUUAAACAGUAUACACCAUGACCUACAGCACUCUGACAGACAUUAAACAGUGUACACCAUGACCUGCAGCACUCUGACAUUAAACAGUAUACACCAUGACCUGCAGCACUCAGACCUACAGACCUUAAACAGUGUACCCCAUGACCUACAGCACUGACAGACAUUAAACAGUAUACACCAUGACCUACAGCACUCUGACAGACAUUAAACUGUAUACACCAUGGCCUGCAGCACUCUGACAGACAUUAAACAGUAUACACCAUGACCUGCAGCACUCUGACAGAUAUUAAACAGUAGCCCUGAUAGUUUAUACUGUCGGGGCUUGAUUUAACACUGAAAAUGUUGCUUUGUAUAUUAUGUACAGUGAGGUCCAUAAGUAUUCGGACAUUUAUCAUUUUUUAAUAGUCAUUUAAUUCCUAAAAGUUUCACACCAUAUACAGUAGGUGUAAAUACAGUCAGCUUUAAGGGUACAUACAUCCAUAUGAUGUGAACUGUAGGAAUUACAGCUCCUUGAAAUGGUGUCACUGUCCAAAUACAUACGGACCUCACUGUAUAUUCAUAGUAAAUGCUCUCCUGUCAUUGAGUAAGACUGCUAUACACAUUUUUAUUUAUUGGUUUUUGCUGUGAGAGAUUCUGACCUUGCGGCUGUUGUUUGAGUUUAGCCAAUGACAUGGUGAGAAUACCUCAGUCAGGAUCCAAACCUGAAACCUUCUAUACGAGACCAGGGAACUUCCAGGAGGGAAACAAGUUCCAUUUCAAAUCGGUAAAUUUGGAAAACAAAUAACUUAAUUGAAUAUUGAUACUGAGUGACUUGAAAGCUCCCCAGCAAGGCGACACCUGCAUUUUUUAGGCAAUUAAUUUUAAUUGAUCUCCUGAACUGAAUGGAGUUUACCCCUGGUACCUUCCCUUUGCUACAGAAAGCCUGGUGACCUUUGACCUCUGUGCCUUUGUGGAAAAAGCGCUGUGUGGUUUUGUGUAGUGUUGUUUUGAGCUGUGUGGUUUUGUGUAGUGUGGUCUUGUGCUGUGUGGUUUUGUGUAGUGGUCGACUGAUGAGGGUUUUUAAAGGCUGAUGCCAAUAUUCAUCGAGCAGGGUGGCUGAUGGCCGAUAUAACAUCCAAAGAUGUAAUCAUAACUUGACACAAAUCUUUUAUGAACAUUUGUAAUGUUACAUUAUAUUAAACGUUAUAUAAAAAUAGUUAACUUGAUGAGAAGCAGGCUGAUGUUUGCGUUGGGGCCGAUCAAUUCUAUUAAUUCUAUUUCCUGUCUUUUGAGGCGUCAGCAUAUGCACACGUUUGUCUUUAAAAAUAUGUUUUUGUGUUGAAUAAAUAUAAAUAAUUGGCUA